CAAGUUAUCAUAUAAUGUUUCUUGUGUCUUCUGCACUUGGACUUGCUGACAUUCUUUCCAAUAAAAACAAGUUUUCUUUCUUCUAUCAAUUCCUGGAAAAUACGAACUAUGAAAUGGAUAGUUGUCACAUCUCUGCUCCUUAUUGGAAGGGUAAUUUGCAGAGAAGAUGGUGAUGAUGUGAACAUUGGAGCCAUUUUUUCAUUUGGGACAACUAAUGGGCAAGUAGCGAGAAUUGCAAUGUCUGCUGCAGUGAAAGAUAUCAAUUCUGACCCAACUAUCCUUGGAGGAAGAAAGCUCAAUCUCUAUAUGCACGAUUCGAAUUACAGCGGAUUCCUUGGAAUUGUGGGAGCAAUGAAGUUCCUGGAGACUGAUACAGUAGCUAUCAUUGGCCCCCAGAGCUCUGUAAUGGCCCAUGUGCUUUCCCAUUUCGCAAAUGAACUCCAUGUCCCGUUUCUAUCCUUCACGGCCUUGGAUCCCACUAUCUCCCCUCUGCAGUAUCCCUAUUUCAUUCAAACCGCGCCCAAUGAUCUGUUCCUCAUGACCGCUGUGGCGGAUAUGGUUAGUUACUUUGGUUAUAGUGAGGUGACUGCCGUCUUCUCUGAUGAUGAUCAAGGCCGGAAUAGCAUCACGGCUCUGGGGGAUAAGCUUUACGAGAGGCGGUGUAAGAUUUCUUACAGGGCGAUACUCCCACCUGACCCCUCGGCCACUCGCCAGGACAUUAAGGAUGAACUGAUGAGGGUGAGGUUGAUGGAGAGCCGAGUAAUUGUUGUGCAUACAUUAUCCUUAACGGGUAUUCUUGUGUUUGAAGUGGCCCGGGAUCUUGGGAUGAUGACAGGUGAAUAUGUUUGGAUUGCCACUUCUUGGCUUUCCACUUUCUUGGACUCUUCUUUAGCUCCAAUUUCCACCCGAGUUGCCAAAACUAUGCAGGGGGUCCUUACUCUCCGCCCUUACAUACCAGAUUCCAAGAAGAAAAGGGAUUUUUCUUCCCGGUGGAGCCAAUUAAGCAAUGGCUCUGUUGGGUUGAAUCCUUACGGUCUAUACGCUUACGACACGGUUUGGAUGAUCGCCCGGGCUGUCAAACAGUUGCUCAACGAUGGCGGGGUUAUCUCCUUCUCUGAUGAUUCCAGGAUGAACAGCUUUAGGGGAGGGGCACUAAACCUUGAUGCCCUAAGCAUCUUUGAUGGUGGGGAGCAGCUGCUAAACAACAUUCUCAAGACUAAUAUGACAGGCGUAACGGGGGCUCUGGGGUUUAACGUUGCAGAUAGGUCUAUAAUACAUCCCUCUUUUGAGAUCCUUAAUGUUUUUUGGAAUGGGAAAAAGUUAUAUAGGGAGAUAGGGUACUGGUCUAACUAUUCAGGGCUGUCUGUUGUGCCCCCUGAGACUCUUUAUAGCAAGCCGCCUAACCGUUCUAGUUCGGCCCAGCGUUUGCAUGGCGGGGUAAUUGUGUGGCCAGGACAGACCACAGUUCAGCCGCGUGGGUGGGUUUUUCCCAACAAUGGGAGACAGCUAAGGAUUGGAGUGCCCAACAGAGUUAGUUAUAGGGAUUUUGUUUCUCAGGAUUAUAAUGAUAAUGGCGAUGUAGUCAUUAGCGGAUUUUGCAUUGAUGUUUUUCUUGCCGCCAUCAAGUUGCUCCCAUAUGCUGUGCCACACCAGUUCGUCCUGUUUGGGGAUGGGCACAAGAACCCGAGCUAUAGUGAGUUUGUAAAUAUGAUCACAUCUAAUGCAUUCGAUGCAGUUGUUGGUGACAUUGCAAUUGUGACAAACCGUACAAAGAUUGUGGAUUUCACACAGCCAUACAUAGAGUCAGGGCUAGUGGUAGUGGUACCUAUCAGCAAGCCCAAGUCUAGCGCUUGGGCUUUCUUGCGCCCAUUCACUCCAUUAAUGUGGGGAGUCACAGCAGCCUUUUUCCUUUUUGUGGGAGCUGUGGUAUGGAUUCUAGAGCAUAGAACAAAUGAUGAAUUCCGAGGUCCACCCAAGCAACAAUUCAUCACCAUUCUAUGGUUUAGCUUCUCAACCAUGUUCUUUGCCCAUAGGGAAAAUACAGUGAGCACUCUGGGUCGUAUGGUCCUAAUCAUUUGGCUCUUUGUGGUUUUGAUACUGACUUCAAGCUAUACUGCGAGUUUGACAUCAAUCCUAACAGUGCAACAGUUGUCUUCCCCCAUCAGAGGCCUUGAAUCCUUGGCAAUAAGCGGUGAGCGAAUUGGGUUUCAGGUGGGAUCUUUUGCUGAGAGCUAUUUGAAAGAAGAAAUCAACAUUGCCAAAUCAAGGCUAGUUGCGCUGGGCUCGCCUGAAGAAUAUGCAGAUGCCCUUCAAAACGGAUCUGUGGCGGCCGUGAUUGAUGAACGCCCGUAUAUUGAUGUGUUUCUUUCCAAGUAUUGUGGAAUGUUUCAGAUCGUGGGUCAAGAGUUCACCAGAAGUGGCUGGGGAUUUGCUUUUCCCAGGGACUCUCCAUUAGCCAUCGACAUGUCAACUGCCAUACUUGCGUUGUCAGAGAACGGAGAGCUUGAGACGCUGCGGGAGAGAUGGGUGUAUAGAAGAAGGGGGGACUGUGAAUGGGCAGGGUCAGGGAGCGUUGACCAACUCCAAUUGAGUAGCUUUUGGGGUCUAUUCCUCAUCUGUGGAGUUACGUGCUUGCUGGCUCUCCUCAUUUACUUCUGCUCACUAUCCCGCCAAUUCAACAAACAUUAUCCUCAACUCUCCGGCUAUCCUCACACUAACCCGCCCUCGCGUAUUAGAACCUUCUUAACUUUUGUAGAUGAGAGGGAGGAGGUCUCCAAGAACAAGUUCAAAAGAAAACGCAUCGAAACAACAACCACAGCUACUGAAAAUGGGGAUUAGUUUGAGUAUGGUACGAGUUUAAAGGUGUCUCAUACACUUAAACACUACUCAGAACAUUUCUUAAUCUAAUACAAAAAAGUCGGCCUGAGAAGUUCAGUUGGUCACAAGGUAAAAUUUAAAAAGAAAUAUACUUGACAGUCUUGUGUUAACAGGAAUAAUUUGUUGAUGGAAUUAGACUUAGUAUACCAUUAAUUGUAAUUAUUGAUAUUGAUGGAUAGAUUUGACAUAUAAUAAACUCUUAUCAUUAUGCAUUAA